GAUACAAUAUUGGAAAAGCUGCGCCUUAAUAGUGCAGCUCUGAGAACCCAAUUGAGAAAAUGCAAAGAUCAGCUACGGCAAAAGGAGGAAAUAGGUGAGGUGCUGCAUGCAGUCGAUUUCGAACAGCUGAAGAUUGAGAAUUCCCAAUACCUCGCCAAAAUUGACGAAAAGAAUCAGGAAAUUCAGAGGCUGAAGGCCAUCGCUGCACGAACCCUCCAUAUUGUAAAUUCUUUGAAAGAACUCACGGCAGAACAGAAAUUCAAUAAAAAAUUCCAGGCACACGUGGAAUCCUAUCACGUACCAUCAAUCAUGAACUUUGUUCAACUCAGAGCAACAGAAAGACAGUUAUCCAAAGAAGAGGCGACUCGUAAAAGAAAACUAAAAAUAGCAGAGAUGGCUCUGAUCAGGCAUAAGAAAAUGUGGCGACAAGUGCUUCGUUCUGGUCUCAGCGGUGAAGUGUAA